AGGAUCGAUAUAACUACGCCGGCAGUAGCCCCCUUCCUCCCCGCCCCCUCGACGUCGUUUUAACGACACCGAAGGAGCGGAGCGGGCUACUACCGGCAUCCCACCCCCUUUAUAUUGAGGUCCCUCCCCUUCCCGUCCUCCUCAGGCUUCACCAUUAAAACCUGCGAGUAUUCCCUAAUCUGGAGCUGGCAACUCUAGAAAUAAGGGUAAAAGUCCAAGCUCCUUUUCUGUGUAACUGGACGAUCGUCCAGAGAAAAAUCCGCCCAGAACGUCCAAAUCCACGCAACAUCCUUGCACUAAAGACCAAUCCAAAGGACGGCCUACAAGUUUCACGCGUUGACACAAAAAAAGUCAAGCCUCCCCCACAGCAAGGACAGAAUGGAAGUUGUGUGUUUUUCCAACUCAAAGGAAGUAGCCACUUCCAAAUCUGAUACUCAGGCUGACCUGAGGACCAGUCCCAAAGAGGGUGAUGAUUGUGACCCCAGCCCUAAGAAAGCAUGUUCUGACAGAAUGAAUCCUGAAGUUGGGAAGGCUUCUACUUCGUUUGAUGUUUCCUUGGGGCAGCUCCCUAGCCCACGAGCCUCACGCCCAUCCUUGAGUCGCUGCAGUGUGAAACAGAAUUCCAAUCGCCGGAAGUCUCUACCGCCUCUACACACAGAUAUUACUGAACUGAGUAAAGCAAUCAGCCUGGACUUGCCAGAAAAGGACAGGAUGGCACAGCUUCUCCUUUCCAGUUUUCAGUAUGCUGCCCAGAAGUUUAAGGAUUCCUUACAACAUACUGAAGGGUUUAAUCCUGAAACCUUUGAACGGAAAGCGAUUCAUCAGAUCCUGCUUUAAACACAAGAUUGACUACCUUGAAGGAGAAUAUAUCCAGGCUCUCUGAAGAGAAUCAAGCUUGGGAUCAAUUGCUUUGGUCUUACCAAAGGAAUGCUGAGGAAAUCUCAAGUCAACUGCAGCAGUGCAAGCUGAGGCUGGUGCCAUAGGAGCCUGUUAGCUGCCUUGAAACAUCGCAGGCCCAUGUGCUGCAAACCAAGCCAAACUACCAGAAAAUACUGGACUCUCAAAGAGAGGUCUUUGACUCCAUGGAG